AUGGAAUUCGUCACGACUGAAGGCUUCAGAUCAAACAGUACAAUUGUGCAUUGUAACAAUGGGUAUUUUUACAAAAUUAAAUGUACGAGAACAAAUUCGAAAUCAUUGCAAUGUAUACAAACAGACUGUUCUGUAACCGAUCUCAUUGUGGAAAAUUUAUUAUAUGAGAAACGUACUCACACUACACAUGGUCCUGACAUGCACUAUUUAGCCCUAGUGACUUUAAAGCAGUAUAUUUUACAAAGGUGUGUGGAAGAAUGUACUCGACUUCGAGUGAUUUAUGAAGAAGAGACAUCAAGAACACAAGGGGUAGAACAUCACCUAGAGUAUACUUCUCUUUUGAGAACCAUGGAAAGGACUAGAGCUGCAGCGCAACCUAAAAUACCAGGUGAUCUGAUGGAAUACGCAGGUAAUCUGGUAGAUGCUGGCUACGUUCAUCUAUUCAGAACUGCUAAUGGACGAGCAAUGUUCAGAGGGUUUGUCAUGGGUCCUCCAGACCCUGGAUCAGCAGUCGUUUUUAUAUCUCCAUCCCUGGAAAACCUAUUGACUUCUGCUCAGAACUUCAUAUAUUAUAUGUCACGUUUAAAAGCAGGCCCCUUGUUCUACAAACAGAACAACUGUUGA